GUGUGAAUACCUUUUCAAAAUUAAGGAUAUGCCUUAUCUUUUCGGGGAAUAAAGCGGAUAUCAGGCCAAGGACAGGACUGCCCAUUUUUGUUUCGAGGUCGGAAACGUGAAUGGUGAUCCCGGCCCGCUCUGACCCUUUGCCAUCCCUAGAUUUGAAGUAUUUUGCACAAGUUAUAAGCACUACUUAAUACUACAGUAUAUAGCAUUGACUGAAGAAGGGACAAGCCGGAAAGUGAGUUAUUUAAUUUGGCGUUAAUUCGAAGGCGAGGCCACGGGCCACCCACUUGAUUUUGACUUUUACAUAUACAAUAGAUACCAUCUAAAGAGUGUUUAGACUUUAGAGGAAAAUAUAUAGAAACGAGACAGAACUGUGUGCUGAGCAGCUUCUAAAACCGCAAAUGGCGGCUGUGCCAUCGUCUUCGCCGUCCUCCGAUUCUCGAAACUCAGCUACUCACCCUAUUCAACCUAAGCGCGAGGUUGACGAUGUUACAACCAACAAUGGCGUCUUCGAUGUAUUCGAGGAAAAGCCUGACUCAACUCCCCAACAUUUUCAGGUUCUCAAUAGCACAGACUAUAUUGAGAAGUACCAAAAAUAUGAAGCUGACUGCAGUCGUCGGUUGAUGGCAAAAUACUUCUCGAAGAAGAAUCUUUAUGGGGGCAACAUAUUUGAGGAAACUAUGACAAUAAAUGGUGAGACAAUAAAAUCAAGCAGGUGGCCUUGCACUCGUUCAUUUGCAGACCCAGUGCAGGGUUUUGAAGAUCAGAGUAGCUGUGCUUCAUCUUCAACUGCAGAAACUAUGAAUAAUGUCCCCAAUGGAAGGGUUACGCCAAAGAAAAGUGGCUGAAAAUCAAUUUGUUGCUUUCUUUCAAAGUAUUGUACAUAAACAGAUGUGGAUGCUGUAGACCAACACGUUAUGAGAAGAAACUAAACAGAACUUUCUUCCACCUCUCAUUUGUCUUCUCUAUAUUUUUUUUCUCAUUGGUUGGGGUGGAGGGGCAGAUGGCUCUAAUUUUUUGCAUCAAGUUGUGAGAAAUGGCUAUUGAAAAUUCAUUUGUGCAUACGAGCUUCAGAAAAUUGGUCAGUCAGAAGUGAUAAACAGUGGUGAAUGAUGCAAAAAUAUUGGAAAUGACUUCUUAAAUAGAGAAUUUUGCUAGGAUUAAAUUCAACUUUGAUCCUUAAGAAAUUAAAUUGCUUGUAGCUGCCCAUAGUAAUGCAGGAGCAGGUAAAGGUUGUGAAACCCAAAAAAUUGGGACAGACCAUUUGGAGCAAUCAGUUUUAUGUAGAAGAUUAUUUUGUGUUGUACAUGCUCCUUUUCU